CUGUUGAGCGCUGGUUCAGGGAGCGGAAAGUUAGGUUAGGCGCGACUUGGCGAGUCAUCAAGUCCUCUCGCGGACUUUGCGACUCCGUGAAAUGACUUGCGGCGAGGUACGAAGUAGAUGUGCGCUCGGAAAAGUUGGUGAAAAUAGUUUGGUGUGCUUGGAAAAGUGUUGUCAAGUGUCAAAAAACAAGCCAGUUGUUUUUGAACAAGAAGAUUUUGAUAGUACACAAACUGUAAUAAAAUUUGACGAUUGUCAACCAUUCAACUCCACUUUUGUACUGUAUUUCGUCGUUAAGAGUGUAGAAUUUGACAACAAUUUUGUACUCCUUCCCAACAUUAUUAGUGUCGAAUCUUACAACAGCUUUGUCCCAAGGUUUGACAGCAUUGAUCGUCUACGAAAACCUGUUGACAACAACGGUUUUGGACAAGGUUUUAGUGAAAUUAGAAAGGGUUUUGAUAAAGUUGGUGUAUUUCAGUGUUUGAAAGCUGGAUUGUGUGUUGGUGAUAACGGACAACUUUUCAAGUUUUGGAAGGAAAGCAGAGGCAUAUACUCAUCUGAGACAUUUUGCAAGGUCUCAACUGUCUUCCACACGGACUUGCCGCGAUCGAGAUAGCAGAAACGACAAUCUAUUACAUUCGUACCCAGUCAACUGUCCUGGCCAGCUGUCCAUGCUAGUUGACUACCCAAAGACACCCCAAACAAGACUGUGACGGUUAACAAAAAUUGUGAUAUUUAGUCAGCCCUCAUAAGUAUUAUUCACGUAUUCUAACAAUGCACUUGUUAUACGAGAAUACAUACCACCCAAUCGAAUAAAACACUUAUCUAAUUAAUCAAAGACAAGCAGCGUACCUGAAUUGAUUUAAAUAUCCAUUGCGUGAUAAAAAAACUAUAUAUGAUACAUUUUUAUAAAGUUUAUAAGGACAAAGAGAAGGUUAAAUUUGAGUUCUAACAUAUUUAGUUUUUAUAGAAUGUUUUUAAGAAUUUGAGGAACUCAUUAAUUGAAAGACAAAGUAGAUCUGGUAAAACAGAUUCUAUAAAAUAUUAAAGACCUCAAUUGGUUAUUAUUCACAUAGCAAGGAUGUAUCAAAAACUAUACUAGAUGAAAUAUCAGAGACAAUGUAACUUCAGUCUGUAAUAAUUCAAUUAUAAGACAAAGUAAAGGAAAAUGUUGAAUUAUUAUUAUUAUAUUGAGUAUCAACGACAACUUAUCAAUUGAAACAUUCAGAGACAUACCACGUGGAAUUCUAGAGAGAUAUUUUUCAAAAACUCAGAGAUAUAAAGCAGAAGUAGUAUCCAUAAUUCAUGGAUCAAUUCAAAAGAGCUAUGUGAACGGAGACUUGGUGAAAAUGUGAUUUAAACUUUAAUUAUUUGUGUAAUUGGAAUGAUCUUGUGCAAGUUGUGAACUCUCAUGUCUGGGGAAUUUGAAACUUAGAUUAAUGAUUUCAUGGUGAUUAUUUUACCAGAGCCAAAAUGAACAAUACAAAUUUGGCGGAAAAUUCCAUAAUUUGAUCUAUUGGACAUCAAUUUCGAGCAAAUUCGUAUGAAAACAAGAACGAAAAUGUACAAUUUAAAUUUGGCGGGCGCUUCUGGUAGCAACCUGCUAUCAGUGGCGGGGGGCGAAAGCUCUUGCACCACUCCGCGAACCCCCGAAAUUCUGAACUCGCUAAUCGCCAUGUCGAACCCGUUCGACUCAUACCGCGGGGGUACCCUGGGGCCCCGGCUGGCGUCUUCGCCCCCCAGUGGCUCGGACACCAACAGCACCUGCAGUAGUGGAUCUCCCAGCUGCGUGUCUCCACCCAGUGUACAGCUGACUUGCUCCAAGCUGAUCAAGGAGGGUCUGCGUCACACGCUGCAGACGAAACGCCGCAACAAUUCUGUCUCGUCGGAUGCACAACUGUCGUCGGUUGAGGACGGGAGUCGGACCUGCAAAACUGAGGAGCUUACGCCUGAGGAUGAAGAAAGAAGACGAAGACGAAGAGAACGAAACAAAAUAGCUGCAACCAAAUGUCGGAUGAAAAAGAGAGAAAAGACCGUCAAUCUAGUGCACGAAUCCGAGAUCCUAGAAACGCAGAACCACGACCUGAAAUCACAGAUUCAGGAGCUGGAAAUUCAACGCAAGCGUUUGGUGGAAAUGCUGAGCGGCCAUCGACCGACCUGCAAGCAGGCUGGAGGCGGAGGUGGAAGUGGGGACGGCAACAGCACCGCCUCUGCUGCCAACUUCACCGCCUCCGAGCAGACCUAUCAUCGCCACUUGGAGUCCACUGGGUCUUCUUGUUCCAGAUCCAGUUCAACAGUGGAGACGAUGGUAUACCAGAGGGUGAACAUCUGCAACCACCCGGCCACAACCACCUCCCUCGACUCUCACCUGUCCUACCGACGCCUCGAGGUGUCAUCCACCGAAUCCUCAGCCUAUGAGGAAGUGCAAGCGUCCUAUGACUCCAAGUCUCCCUACAGCACCGCCGCACCAUCACCCUACGAUCUUAAAACUGUGCAGUCGCCUUACAACUCAGGCGUCCAGUCACCGUGUGCAACUCUACAGUCGUUCGACGCCAAGUCUUCAUAUGAUGGUAAAACUGUACAGUCAUUGUAUGACGCUAAAACUGUACAGUCGCCUUACAAUAGUGGGGUGCAGUCACCUUGUACAACUGUGCAGUCAUUUGGUACCAAAACUGUGCAGUCGCCGUUUGAUGCUAAAACGGUACAGUCCCCCUACAACACAGGUGUACAAUCGCCUUGUACAGCUGUACAGUCACCCUACGAACCCACCUACCAAGCAUCCUACAAUGAUGAAGGAGAGUCCAUCAAGGAUGAUGAAGUCUGGAGAUCUGGAAGUGCGUCAAGCUUGAACACGCAGUUCGGUCGAAUCAGCACCACAGAUUCAGGUUACAGUUGUCAACAGAGUUUGUCAUCCGGUAUGAACAGUCCAAUGCCUUUCCUGCAGUCUGAUAACGACGGCGUUUAUAGUCGUAGUACGUCGGCAAUUUUCAGCCGCCCGACAAGCCUGGACGUGAGUACGUCCGACUAUGACAGCAAUGCUGAGAUUGUCGACAGUCCCACCUUGGCACCGUCUCAUAACUACCGACAUUUUGAGAGUGCUGAUAGUGCAUAUUGUGCCAGCUAUGUACCACCUCCGUCGUCCAAUCGCGGAGGUUGCAUUUCUUAGAUUAGAGUAAUUGAGAUAAAAUACUGGGUUGAAACAAAAGUAUGCACGGGAAGUAUGCUUACUUUAUGGUUGUACCAAGCCAAAUCCAUAGUUAAUUAUUAUCUGGUUAAUAUUUGUAAAUAGAAUAUAGUAGGCCUAUAUAGCAUCGACGCAGGGCAUAUGCAAUCAGCUAGCUACAGAUUGAAUUUAGAAUCAUGAAUCCUCUGCAUAGAGUUAGGCCAACUGUGUAAUUUUCAAUCAUUAAUAAAAAUUCCAUUCCCCCCACCACCAAAAUGUCAGUUACUGUAUAAUUUUAAAAUUAUUACUCAUAUGAUAUCUUUAUAUCUGGACUAUCUUCAAGUGGACUUUCCUACUUCUCUUCUUCUCAAAAAAUGUACAGUAUGGAAUGGAAUAGAUCACAGUAUUGAAAAAAUCCAAGUGGGCUAGGCCUACUGUCUCAUAAUAAAUUUAUACGUUUUGAGAAAGUUAGAACUCAGAAAGUUUUCAAUUGUUUUUUUUUUUUAAUUUUGAAAUGCUGCAAACUUUUUUAAAAUCCAUUCUAGGAGUAGAGUAGUCCUUUGCCUACUCUAAAUAUAAAUAUACCGUAUUUACAAAAAUAUUAAUAUUAUUUAACUACAAAGAAUCACUAUUAUCUUUACUAUAUAUGUAUUUAUUAUAUGACAACCGAAGUUUUGGCAAUAAUUCAUUUAUCAAAAACAUUGUUCUUCUAUGUUUGAUGAUGACACUAUAGCGAAAACUUGUUGUGUUUAAAACAAAAUAUAAUAAGGGUACUAGAGAUUCUUUGUAAUUAAACAUUCAAAUACCGAAGCCCUAUCAAAAUUUUUCAUUGAUUAAUGUUAUUAUUUCUAUUUCUAUAUCUAUGAAUAUUGGGAUCUGUAAUUCAAUAGAGAUUUUCGAAAAGAUCGGGACACUCUUCUCAACUUGGACAUGGUAAAAUGUAGUACGGUACCUAAAUUGAUAAAAUUACCAACGAAAAGAAUCAAGUGGAUCAAUUUCUCUCAAAAAGAUCAGAUACCUUGGCAUUUAGUAGUUAAUGUUAGGCCAGGAUCAAAUAUAGUGGUGCUUUAAGCUUUAAGCAUUAAAAAUGCUCUCCAAGAUAUAUGAGAAUAUGAUUCUAUGAAUUAAUGUUUUUAUUUAUGUUACUCUCGUAUUUAAGCUGUAAAUAAUUACAUACGGUAUGUAGAUAUUUAAUUAUUUGUAAGUGCUUUUUUUGUAAUAAUUUGUUUUCUGUCUUCUCAUGUUAUAAUUAUCAGAUUAUAUGGAUUGUUAGGAUGUAUUGAUAAAUGGUUAAGAUUCUUUGAGAAAUAUUAUUGAAUUAUGAAUCCUAAAUUUUCCUUAUAGGCUAACAGGCUGUAAGUUUAUCGUAGAUUUCUCUUAUUAUAGCAGGCUGAUAUAUCUGGAACAUAAUAUUCAAUUAAAUUGAUUUAUUCAUUUAGUACUACAGUCAUUUAUAUUGACUGGUUUGUAAGAAGUUUUUUUUUAAUCUUGUAUAGCAAAUAGCAGAGAAUAACACUCUUAUACUGGAGCAGUUUAAUAAGGUUUACUACCUUAUGCAGCAGUUUCAAUAGGUACUCAAGUUUUAUUAAUAAAAUACGGUAAUAAAUUGGAUUUCAAAUAUAACUUUUGAUGUUUGCUAAUGUUCUUUGAUCAAGAUAAACCAUCUCCAUCACGAGGCUUUUCGUUAAUAAAUAUUGUGUUACUUUACUUUUAUAGUUUCCAAUUUCCUCUACGAUACAUUCAUUUGAUUUCUUAGAUAGGUACUACUUGAAGAUGCCAUAUUAUAUUGCUGUUUUUCUAGAUAUACUAAGAUAUACGAUCCUGAUGGAAGCUACGUUGAGAGAGUUACCUUACAAAUGAGACAGCUUCUGUUAGUAAUAUUGAUAAUAUUGAAUUGUUUUGUUUUUAUUGAAAGUAAUUGUGAUAAAUGACAUUCUAACUAUUAAUCGAUUGUAAAUAAUAUCAAUUUCAUUAUUGAACAGUAAACCUAUGUGUUCACUAUGAUCAAUAUAUAUUAUAUUAAUAAUAUUUGUAUCACUAUGUGAUUCUGAUAUUGUGUAUUUUUAUAACUAGAAGUUAUAUCUUUAAUAAUGGUUAAUAAAUUAUUGACUGUGGAAAAUGUAUACCUAAUUGGUGCUAAAUGAUUUAAGUUCUAAGAUUUUCGAAAAAUGCAUCUAAAAGUUUUCUAAAUGAAAAAUUAUUUCUGAUUUGUUUAUUUGUUUGAGGUGAUAACAAUUCUAUCCUUGAAACAGUUCUAAAAAUAGGCACAUGGCUUUGUCUAUUCUAUACAUCUAUCGAUAAUUUUAUCAGUUUAUUUCAGAUUCAUUGCUUGAUAGAAUAAUAACUAGGCUACUGAACAUGAAACUGUUCAUGAAAAAAUUUACUGAAAUUUUCCUGGAACUGAAUUGAGCAACACAUUAAAUCUUUUACCAUUUAGCAAAAGUUUAAUUCUAAAAUCAAACAAUAUUCUUCUUGUGAUGAAUAUCAAACAAUUCAUUUUUGAACAUUUUUACAUAUUUUUUUUUAAAAAUAAGGUGGUUGAAAUUGAACAGUGUAUGAUUAAUGCAUUGCAACUAAAGGGAUAUCUCUAUUCUAUUUACUACAAGUAAAUAGAUUGAAGACUAUCAAUUAUUUUAAGAAUUGAAUUUUUUCCAAUAAUUGUGGAAUUCUUACUUUGGCUCUAGUUUCGUAUAUAAACGAUUUCUAGGAAAUGUGUUCAGAAAAUGUAUGUGAAAUUAGAUGCCUAAUUUAUUAUGAAAAAACUUCAAUUCAAAAACAACUUUUUAAAGCUGCAAAGUGUUUUUAUAAUAAUAACAAGCUCCGAUAUACCGGUAGGCCUACUUGUACCACCUACAUCAAGCCUUGUGAAACGACUUACUUUUUCGUUGUUAAGCAUCCCUCUAUUUUUAUCUGAGAAGUUUGAAAAAGUUGUAGAAUUAUAUAUUGAGUCUUAUAUUAAAUAUCACGUAAGCUUACCGUAUUUAAAUAAGACACUGACUGAAAUUAAACUUAAUUACUUUCUGAAAAUUACUUUAGCAGUAUAAAUUAUUAGGCCUACCAGUAAUUGGUUGAGGAAAGAAUCAAAUUCUCUGAGACUUCUCUCAUUUGAAAAUAGUGUACAUUUUCUGAAAUUUCAUCCUUGAACUCCAUGACGGAAAAAGUUAUUUCAAAAUGUAAUUAUAAUAACCUCUCGAAAUAAUUGAAUGUGCUCUUUUACAUUUAACAUGAAUUUUAUUGAAAAAACCUGAUCAAUUGUUCUCAUUUCCAUUGGGAGACAUUGUCUGUGGAAACUAUGAACUCCUGUUAUUGAUUAUGUGCUAUAAAAUGUGAGAUUUAUACUUUUGAAAAAUUUUAUGUUUUUGCUAUCUUUAUGUAAUCAAUAAAAAUAUUUUUCCAUUUAA